AUGAAUUUGCAAAUGCUGGCGAAGCGAUACUUCAGAGUGAUCAAAAUGUACGGACUCAUGGUCGGCACGUGGCCCUACCAGAGUCAGUACUGGAAGUGGCUUCCUCGCGGUGUCUUUCUCAUCGUAGCGAUAUCCGCGAUAAUUACCAUGAUGAGCAAUAUCGUAGUGUCCUUCAGCAUGCAGACGAUAACCGACCAAAUACCCAUUUUGAUGGUAGCCAUGGCCAUGUUCGUAAAGCAUAUCAAUUUUAUCAUCAACGACAGCAAGUUCAAGGAUUUGUUCAACAAUAUGCUGAAGGACUGGCAAGCCGAGAAGACGCGGGAAGAACAGACGAUUAUGGAAAUGUACGCUGAGAGGAGUGUAUUCUUCAUGUUCGUAUAUACACUGAACGCGUACUUUUGCUCGGUCGUGUUCCUGUUCCUCCCGUGCAUGCCACGUCUGCUGGACGUUCUGGUACCCUUGAACGAGUCUCGGCCGUGGAUUCAAAUGUACCAGGCCUACUACUUCGUCGAGAACGAGGACGAUUUCUUGUCAUUGCUAACGGCGAUGUUCACGUUUAUAGCACCAGCCACGACGCUGAUCUACUUGGUACAACACGCCUGCGGACUCUUAGCUCUAUCAGGACAUCGUUUCAAGUACAGCCUGGACCAGUUGAACUCGAAAGCGGAUUCGAGCGUGGACCGAGAGAUUUACAGGAGGGUGUGCUACGCCAUUGACACUCACAAACAGGCCUUUGCAUAUCUCAACGAAAUCGAGAACGUUUAUGCUCUGAACCUCUUCAUACAAGUGGGUUUGGUUGUUUUGUCUUUCACCGUGACAUUGUUGAAGGUAACUACGGUAACUUUGACCAUGGAAACUUAUCCGUAUUAUGGUUACGCGGUCGCUCAGGUGGUGCACGUCUUCUUCCUCACGAUUCAAGGCCAAUUCGUGAUAGACGAGCACGACAGCGUUUAUGCGAAGGGGUUCGAAACAAAGUGGUAUAACGUUCAAUGCAAAACGCAAGCAUUGUUCAUUCUGAUCAUUCGACAGAAUCUGACACCUCCGAUGUUGACAGCCGGUGGACUGAUACAAUUAAAUCUGGACUCAUUUGCGGCGAGAAAUAGAAUUACUUACAGGGUAAUGCAGACGUCAUAG